AUGAACCGGCGCAUCAGCAGCAUCUCCAUCCACCAGCCCUCGCGCCGGAGCAGUCAUGCCACCUCCGUCUCCUCUCGCUCCGUCUCCCAUUCACAGACCCGCCCCGCCGCCCACGCCUUGAACCGCCGCCUGUCCGCCCUCAGCACCGCCCUCAGCAGCGCCGAGGCCGGUAAUGUCGCCGAACCCAUCACUCCCGCCGACCAGAUCGCCGCCGAGGAGAUCGCUGAGAUCAAGCGCUAUGAGGACUUCACUACCAUCGAUUGGGUUCAGGAUGCAGCUCGCGAACAGCAACGAAGGAAGGCGCGAAGGCAGGAACGAGCAGGAUUCUUUGAAAGAGAAGGGCGAGUAGGAUGGAGACGAAAGAUGUGGGAAGCGUAUGAUGCUGGCCAGGGCUGGAUCGUGGUCAGUUUGGUGGGGGCUGCGAUUGGGUUGAAUGCGGCAUUCCUGAACAUUGUCACGGAAUGGCUAAGCGAUAUCAAGCUGGGAUACUGCACGACUGCCUUCUAUCUGAAUGAGAGCUUUUGCUGUUGGGGCGCUGAGAACGGCUGCCAGGAAUGGCAUCACUGGAGUGGCCUCAGGCCGCUGAAUUACCUCCUCUACAUCAUCUUCAGCACUGCCUUCGCCUUCACAAGCGCGCGGCUUGUCAAGAGCUUUGCACCAUAUGCUGCCGGCAGCGGGAUCAGUGAGAUCAAAUGUAUUAUUGCCGGGUUCGUCAUGAAAGGCUUUCUCGGAUUCUGGACUUUGUUGAUCAAAUCGAUUGGACUUCCAUUGGCCAUUGCAUCCGGAUUGAGCGUCGGAAAGGAAGGGCCUAGUGUUCAUUACGCUGUCUGCACGGGCAAUGUGAUCAGUCGCAUGUUCCAUAAAUACAGGCGGAAUGCUGCAAAGACAAGAGAGAUCUUGUCAGCUUGUGCAGCUGCUGGUGUCGCCGUUGCCUUUGGAUCGCCAAUUGGAGGCGUCCUCUUCAGUCUGGAGGAGAUGAGCAGCUACUUCCCCCUCAAGACGAUGUGGCGAUCUUACUUCUGUGCCCUGGUUGCAACCGCAGUUCUGGCUGCCAUGAACCCAUUUCGAACUGGCCAACUGGUCAUGUUCACGGUCAAGUACGACCGCAGCUGGCACUUCUUCGAGCUCCCCUUCUAUGUCAUUAUCGGCAUUUUCGGCGGUCUGUACGGCGCUUUCGUCAUGAAAUGGAAUCUGCGCGCCCAAGCAUUCAGGAAACGAUACCUCACCAAAUAUGCCAUCUUGGAGGCGACGCUUCUGGCUUUGGGAACGGCAGUCGUUUGCUAUCCCAACAUGUUCCUCCAAAUCGACAUGACUAAGAGCAUGGAGAUUCUCUUCCUGGAGUGCGAGGGCGGACAUGACUACGACGAGCUGUGUGAUGUGCAGAAUCGUUGGCGAAUGGUAUUUACCCUUCUCGUUGCAACGGUUCUGCGCACUUUCCUGGUCAUCAUCUCGUAUGGUUGCAAGGUGCCAGCUGGUAUCUUCGUUCCAUCCAUGGCAAUUGGCGCCUCGUUCGGACGUAUGGUUGGCAUCCUCGUGCAGGCGCUGCAUGAGAGCUUCCCCAACGCAGCAUUUUUUUCUGCGUGUGUACCAGACGAGCCCUGCAUAACGCCUGGAACGUACGCGUUUCUUGGAGCUGGAGCUGCACUUUCAGGAAUCAUGCAUCUUACCAUUUCUGUGGUCGUCAUUAUGUUCGAGCUCACAGGCGCAUUGACCUACAUUCUGCCUACCAUGAUCGUAGUGGGUGUCACGAAAGGCAUUUCUGAACUGUGUGGAAAGGGUGGCAUAGCGGAUCGCAUGAUCUGGUUUAACGGCUUCCCGUUCCUGGACAAUAAAGAAGAACACAUCUUCAACGUUCCCGUCUCGCAGACCAUGACAGCAGAUCCUACCGCCCUUCCAGCUACUGGCCUUACCAUCGCGCAAGUCGAACGUAUACUGGCUGAGACGCGAUAUCAAGGGUUCCCUAUCGUCGAGGACGCUGAGACCCGGGUACUGAUUGGCUACAUCGGUCGCACCGAACUCCGCUACGCCCUCGACCGUGCCAAGCGCGAGCAGCUCGCUUCCAACAACGCACGCUGCUUCUUCACACCCCUAGACGGAGCCCGCACAGCCACCACGCCUUCCGCCGCUCUUCCUGCUGUAAGCUUCGAUGACAUUGGUGCCACAGCAGGCUCCAUGACCGUCGAUUUCUCGAAAUUCGUCGACCCGACCCCCCUCUCAGUACAUCCUCGCCUGCCUUUAGAAACCGUCAUGGAGCUCUUCAAAAAGCUCGGCCCUCGACAUAUUCUCGUCGAGCACCGCGGUCGACUCAUGGGUCUGGUCACGGUCAAGGAUUGCCUGAAAUACCAAUUCCAGGCCGAGGCGCAUGAGAAUCCCAGAGAUGAUUCAGGCGUGCAGGCCGGGCAGGAGAGACUGUGGGCGUAUCUCAAGGCAGCUGGGAGCUGGACCGCAAGGAAGAUCGGACGGGUCAGUGGUGGGAGACUUCGGUUGGGAGACAGUUACUCGCAAUUGGGAACAACAUCUCCCUACAGUGCGGAAGUCGAUCCUAGGGCUACCGGAUUGGAUGAAGAGGGCAGAGGGCCUGCGGCUGGCGGAGUGGAAUUGGAGGAUCGGAGGGAGGCUGUGGGAUGA